AUGGCAGAAGAUCAGUCACACAUAAGCAUUCAGAUGUCCGACUCCAGCACAAACGGUAACCCAGGCGGACAGCAGCCCCCUCCAGACUCAGCCAGCAAAGGAGGGAGCACAUUAACUUUCCACAACAUCUGCUACCACGUGAAGAUGAAGAACGGCUUCCUGUGUUGUAGAAAAACAGUUGAUAAGGAGGUUUUGAGAGAUAUCAAUGGCAUUAUGAGACCAGGACUGAACGCAAUUUUGGGACCCACUGGCAGUGGGAAGUCUUCUCUACUUGAUAUUUUGGCUGCAAGAAAAGAUCCUGAUGGGCUUUCAGGAGACAUUUUGAUAAAUGGAGCUCCUCAGCCUGCCAACUUUAAAUGCACCUCUGGAUACGUAGUACAGGACGACGUGGUGAUGGGAACGUUGACUGUAAGAGAAAAUUUGAAGUUCUCGGCAGCACUCCGCUUGCCAAAGUCAGUGAAGGAACAGGAGAAGAACGAGCGAGUUAACCGGAUCAUCAAGGAGCUGGGCUUGAGCAAAGUGGCAGAUUCCAAGGUUGGUACCCAGUUCACCCGUGGCGUGUCUGGAGGAGAGAGGAAGAGGACAAAUAUUGGGAUGGAGCUUAUUACAGAUCCUCCUAUCUUGUUUUUGGAUGAGCCAACUACCGGCCUCGAUGCCAGUACCGCUAACGCUGUCCUGCUGCUCCUCAAAAGGAUGGCCAAACAAGGAAGAACAAUCAUCUUUUCCAUUCACCAGCCUCGAUACUCCAUAUUCCGACUGUUUGAUAACCUUACCCUGUUGGCAGCAGGGAGGAUGCUGUAUCACGGGCCAGCUCAGAAUGCCAUGGAGUACUUCAGAUCUGCAGGGUACGAGUGCGAGGCGUACAACAACCCUGCUGAUUUCUUUCUGGACGUCAUUAAUGGCGACUCAACUGCUCUGGCAAUGAGCGAGACGGAUAAAGCUAAUGCAGCAGACAACUCUGAAGAACGCAUAGAUUGUGGUAAAUCUUUGGCAGAGAAGUUAGCAGAACAAUACUCCAACUCCACCUACUACCAAGAAACAAAAGCGACACUAGAGAGUAUUUCUUUGGGAAAUCAGAAGAAAACCAAAGCAAUUUUCAGGCAAAUUACCUAUGCCAAUUCCUUCUGUCAUCAGCUGAAAUGGGUGACCAGGCGCGCAUUUAAAAACCUGAUUGGACACCCUGAAGCCUCCAUAGCUCAGCUCUGUAUUGCAGUUUUCCUGGGACUUGUCAUAGGUGCCAUUUUCUUUGGAGUAAAAGAUGACUACACUGGUAUACAAAACAGAGUUGGUGCACUGUUCUUUCUGACCACCGACCAGUGUUUCACCAGCAUUUCAGCUAUUGAACUCUUCAUUGUGGAAAAAAAGAUAUUUAUACAUGAAUAUAUCAGUGGGUACUACAGAAUAUCUGUAUAUUUCCUCUCAAAGCUGAUGGCUGAUUUAAUACCCAUAAGGACAUUACCAAGUAUCAUCUUCACCUGUAUAACUUAUUUCAUGCUAGGUUUGAAACCAAAAGUAGAAGCCUUCUUUAUAAUGAUGUUUACCCUUAUGAUGGUGUCCUAUACAGCCACUUCUAUGGCACUAGCCAUUGCAACAGGACAUAGCACGGUCUCUUUGGCAAACCUACUGAUGACCAUUACAUUUGUUUUUAUGAUGCUUUUCUCUGGGUUGCUGGUGAAUCUAACAAGCAUCAUGUCCUGGCUGUCCUGGCUCAAAUAUUUUAGCAUUCCUCAAUAUGGAAUGACAGCUUUACAAAUUAAUGAAUUGACUGGUCUGAACUUUUGCAACAGCAGUAGCACCACAAAUGUGAGUGCUAAUUGUCCACAGAUGAGCCAGACGUGGUGUACAGGAGAGGAGUAUUUGAAAAAUCAAGGCAUUGAUGCAAGUACUUGGGGUCUGUGGCAGAAUCAUCUGGCUCUGGCAUGCAUGACAGUAAUAUUCCUUAUAAUUUCAUACGUGAAAUUACACUUGAUGAAGAAGUUUUCGUAA